UCCUCCUCUCCGUCAAUCACAUCAGCAGCGCUGCUGAUUGGUUCAAUUAGCGAAUCGUCUUUGUUGCGCCUUUCAGCUAGCAUCUCGACAACAGCGAAAAAAGGCAAACGUGAGUUCAAAACCGAGGCAAACUACUACAAGAAAAGCCCCUGACCAUUUAAAUGGAGUCAACCGAACAGCCCUGACAUUCCAACAAGAACGAGGCAGUGGAGGGAGCUCAGGGAUGCCUGCUGUGCGUCCUAAUGUACAGUCCCAUUUACUGCUGCCUGCGUGCUUAGUACAUUACGGUACUCGGAGCAGUGGAGCAGAGGAGCCGGGCUGAUGCAGAGACACAGGAGAGAGAGGACGAGGGAAGCACAGACUGCUGCAGUGUCGGACAGCAGCAGCCUAAUUUCCACUACAGCAAAGUUACAGGACCUCUAAUCAUCCAUCAUGUUGAAGAAGGGCUCAGAGCUGCUAAGAGAAGACCGAGAGGUUCUCCUGGAUCCAGACUACAGGAGUAAAGCACAGACCCUGGACAACUAUGGGGGUCUGCAGAAUGGGGUCUUUAUCCCACAUAGAUGUCGUUCAUCAGCAGCUGCUGAUGGAGACAUGGAUGGCGAUGAUUCCAUUUAUGUGCACUGUAACCCAAGAAGUCAGCAGCCAGUCCCACAGCUGGGGAAUUACUUUAGAGACGGAAGAACAAAAAUCGACUUUGUGCUGGUGUGGGAGGUUCGCUCGCAGAAGAAGCGGCGAGGGAAGGGCAAGAUUGGGACCGGCAAGGGGGGCGAAGCCGAGCCCUCCGAGCAGAACAGCAGGGCCGAGCGAAGGAAGGCCCAGCUGGCACAGUGGAGGGACCGGUUCGUUGAGAAUCUGGAGAGCGCCGGACUGCUCAUGGAAAAGGAAGAAACGUCAAACGAAAAGAAAACAAUUCAUUUUCUGAAACUUAGCGCUCCCUGGGAUGUCUUGGUGUAUUACGCUGAGGAACUCUGUCUGAGAGCUCCUCUGCAGGCACAACCACAUCUGGAAUUAAACACAUCUGCUCAGGUACUGAGGAGACUAUACAUACCCAACGUAAUGGCAGAGUCUGUGCCAAACAGGCCGCUGGACUACUACACAUGUGCCUUUCGCAAGUCAAAGAUGAGCAGAUUCCUAGACUGUGAAAACCGCGAGAGCUACUUCAGUAACACACAGAGACACCGCGUUGUGUAUGAGAUUCUGUCCAGGACGGUGUACGGCAAGAAGAAGAGAGCGGAGGUCGGCGUGGACAGACUGGUGAACGAAGGCGCCUACACUGCCGCCUUCCCCCUUCACGAGGGUCCCUUUCAGCUUCCGAGGUUUGAGAUCCGUCCAGAUGAGGUCAAUCAGAGGCAGGUUCUUUAUCACUACUGGGCCCGUUGGUGGAAAUGGUACAAGUACCAGCCACUGGACCACAUCAGAGAGUACUUUGGAGAGAAAAUAGCACUCUACUUUGCCUGGCUGGGCUUCUACACAGCCUGGCUGCUGCCGGCGGCUGUGGUCGGAACCCUGGUCUUUGUGUCUGGAGUCAUGUCCAUGGGAAACAACACACCAGCCAAGGAAAUCUGCACCAGUGGACCCAGUUACCUGAUGUGUCCUCUAUGUAAUACAUGUAAAGCCUGGAACAUGUCUGAAAUCUGCACCAUGGCCAAGCUGGGCUACCUGUUUGACCACCCGGGCACCGUCCUCUUCAGCGUGUUCAUGUCCUUCUGGGCCGUGACCUUCCUGGAGUACUGGAAGCGGAAGAUGGCAACACUGGCCCAUCACUGGGACUGCAUGGACUUCCAUGAGGAAGAGGAGCGUCCACGGCCAGAGUUUGCCGCCAUGGCCCCAUCGAUGGAGGAAAACCCAGUGACUGGGGUCAAGGAGCCCUACUUUCCAGAAAAGACCCGACUGUCCCGCAUGUUUACUGGCUCCAUGGUCAUCAUUAUGAUGCUGUGUGUGGUGAUGAUCUUCCUGGUGACUGUGGUCAUGUGCCGCGGCAUCAUCAGUGUCAUGAUGUUCCACACCGGGAGCCCCGUCCUGCGUACGGAGGUAUGUCAGACCGACUACACUGGAAUCCCCUGGUUGGAUAUUUCACCUGUCUCACCAUCUCCUCCUCAGGCAGGGACCAUCGCCAACAUCUCCAGCAGCGUCGUGAACCUGGGCCUCAUCCUGUUGAUGGGCCGGGUCUACACCGCGUUAGCUGAGCAGCUCACUAAGUGGGAGAUGCACCGGACACAGACACAGUACGACAACGCCCUCAUCUUCAAGGUGUUCAUCUUCCAGUUCGUCAACUUCUACUCGUCCCCCUUCUACGUGGCUUUCUUUAAAGGGCGGUUUGUGGGAUACCCCACCAAUUACGGGACCUUGUUUGGGAUGAGGAACGAGGACUGUGGCCCUGGAGGUUGCCUCAUUGAACUGGCCGAGCAGCUCUUCAUCAUCAUGGUGGGAAAGCAGCUCAUCAACAACGUCCAGGAGUUCAUCCUCCCCAAAGUGAAAGCCUGGCACCAGAAGAGAACCUUCAGCAAGGUGAAGGGCAGCAAGGCAGCGCAGGAGCGCGAGCGCUGGGAGGACGAUUACCAGCUGGUGGAGUGCGAGGGCCUCUUUGAAGAAUACCUGGAGAUGGUGCUCCAGUUCGGCUUCAUCACCAUCUUCGUGGCGGCCUUCCCCCUGGCUCCGCUCUUCGCCCUCCUCAACAACUGGGUGGAGAUCCGCCUGGACGCCCACAAGUUCGUGUGUGAGUACCGGCGGCCGGUGGCCGAGCGAGCCCAGAACAUCGGCGUGUGGUUCAACAUACUGGAAGCGCUGUCGCACCUCUCUGUCAUCGCCAACGCCUUCCUCAUCGCCUUCACGUCAGACUUUCUGCCCCGCCUGCUCUACCAGUACAAGUUUCACAGUGACCUCCAUGGAUACGUCAACUUCACCUUGGCUCACGCCCCUCUGAACUACACAGAGUACCCCAUGUGCAGAUAUAAAGCCUACAGAGACAACGAUGGAAACUACACACUGUUCUACUGGGAGCUCCUCGCUGUCAGGCUGGGCUUCAUCAUCGCUUUUGAGCACGUCGUCUUCUUCGUUCUGCGAGCCAUCGACUGGAUUGUGCCCGACGUCCCCGAGUCCCUGGAGCUGAAGAUGAAGAGGGAGCGCUACCUGGCCAAGCAGGCUCUGGCUGAGAACCAGGAGGCCCUGUUGGUGAGUGGGAGCCGAGGGGCAGCCCGUGCCACUCCGGGCUCGUCCAGUCCAGCAAGCGACGCGUCCUUUGGAGACAUGAGUUAGCGCCUGGACGAGGGGGAGCGACGGAGGCACGCUGCGCUACGCGGGACAACACGACUCCACGUUUAUCCUGGAGGAAAUUCCGCCUUGGCACUGGGAUUCUUCACACUGCUGCACAGACAUUAUGAAAAGCACACGUCGUCGGACACUUCACUGAUGCAUUGAAUGGCUGUUCAAUCACACUGGCUAAUGACCACUCCUGGGUUGAAAAACAAUCGGUCAUAAAAUCUAAAUGAUACCUUGUUAAUUGUCAGCUUAUUUGAGUUUGAACAUUUACACAGUGAGCUGGUCAUUUUAAUAAACUUGAGGUCAAAGUCUCCUACAGCUGAUACAGUAAAAUGACAACCGCUGCAGUUCUGAGCUAACACCACUGUUAUACGUUCAUCUGUUGCCUUCACCGUGCAAUUAAAAAUACAUGAACCAAAUGCAUAAACCAGCUAUGUUACAGUGAGGUUCCCUGGCCAUGCCUGCGUCUUCUACCUGAAUGCUCUGGAUGCCUGAGAUGCUAAGAUGCUUCGUUUGACUUGCUUUGGAUGCAAAUAAAGCUACUUUGCAGAAUGCGGCUUGGUCUUCUGGGAGAGGCCGUGCAUGCUGUGCUUUAGGGGUGAGUCUCCUUCUCCCUCUGCUUUUUCCCACCGAGCUGCGGACACAUCAUUGAUUUAUUAGGAGUCAGAACCAGACAGGUGUUCCUUAAUGAUUUCUCUCUUCCUCUCCUCCCAUCACACACUCCUCACAGUCGUGGCCUGGGGCCACUCCUGACUUUUAUUUUGUGUCUCUCUACUAUGUCUUGCUCCCCUCCGCCCGUCUCUCCUGUUCGGUGCUUCGUGUUUUUUAAUGUGCAUUCUUCUCCUCUCUUCUCUGGCCACGUUGCGCUUCAGAUUGUUAUGAUUGCGCCGCGUUCCUCCACCAUGGCCUGCAGGAAGAGUGAGUUAGUACAUGUCAGCGAGCACAGGUAUGCGCCGUGGACACCGGCUGGCUUCUUCACAGACACUCACGUGCUCAGGCUGCACAACAGAGCCACAAACCAGACAAAUACUCAGAAGUCUACAUCUUAUGUUAUAUUUGUUUUUCUUAUCUGGAUGAAUGUCUGAGAUACUAAUUAAGAACUAUUUGAUAUUAUUUCAAUAUAUUCAACCAUUUUAUUAUGUGUAUGAGUUGUGAACAGUUCUGGGGUCCAGUUUUAAAAAUAAAAUACUCUUUCUUCUCGCUGACUUCAUGUCAAACCUAAA